UUGCAUCUCCGGUUAAAUAAAAAUGCAACGACAUCUCAAACCAUAACAAAUAAUCAUAAUUGCGAUUGUGCUAAUUUCCUAAACUACAACUAAAAAUACGUUUGUUCCGUAGUAGAUGUGUUGCGCGCUGCGCACCUCAACUUGUCAUGAGCCAGAGGCCCGGGCUGAACUGACCAAUCAGGAGGAGGAGAGGCUGCGAUUGUCCGGCUUGGAAGCCACACUCACCCGCACCACAGCUCCAGUGAUCGGGCCGCGCAGCUCCGUGGUGGUGGCGGAGAAGCGCGUCACGACAGCGCCUUGACCCGAGCUAUCAAACUGGGAACUGUUGUGGCAAAGCUGGAAACACUUUGAAGACCAUGUCUGACGUCGAGCUGGUCAAGAAAAUGCUGAGAGUCAUCCUACAAGCCAACAAGGGUGGAAUGUCGCUGUCCCGUCUGCAGUCUGAGUACAAGGAGCUGACCGGUGAACAGAUUCCACAUAAACAGAUGGGACACAGCCAUCUGGACGCUCUGCUGGCCAGCAUGCCCUCAGUCGUCCGCGUGGAACGCAGUCGCUCUGGAGAGAUAGUCUAUUUUGCUUCUGUCGACAAAGAGACGGCCCAUGUUGCCAAGGUGAUGGCUCGCCAGCGGACUUCCAAGAAGACUGGACGACCCCACAUGGUCAACACCCAGAUGAGGGUCAAACCGACGGCCCUGCUUGUCUUCAAUGCAAAACCUCAAACCUCCCUGAGGCAGCCGAGCCACCGCGGACGAGGUGGCGCGAGAGGCGGCGGCGGCGGCGGCGGCGGCCGAGGCUCCGGACAUGCAGACUUUAGGCAGUCGAAGGACGUGAGGGAUGGCCAGACGGAGGGCAGGACGGCGGCGCAACAGUCGAAGGUGGCCAACCACAACACACCCAACAGGUCGGAAAAGAGGAUGACGCUCCCGUCACGCUUCCAGAAGGAGGUCCAGGCUCACCUCUCCAGAAAUUCUCAACUCACGACUCCCGCCGGCCUGGGGGCCCACGCGCUGCCGAAGCUCUUCCAGGGCACGUAUAAAACCAAACUGCCUGGACACGUCCUUGAUAACCUUCAGCUCCUCUCCGACAUCUGCACCAUCGACUACCCGAUGCCCGACAACCCCAAGAGGGCCAUCAUGUACAGGAGGAGCAGCAGCAGCGGCGGCGGAGGCGCAGGAGAGGAGAACCGUAGCAGGAGAGGCUCGUCGGCCAGCGAGGAGGAACAGAAAGUGAAGCCGGAGCCGGCGAAGAGACCGUGUGAUCACUCGGUGCCCCCUCUGCAGAUCCCCAAAGAGGAAUUUCCCUCCGUGCUGGUGGUGGACGCCACAAACACCAAUGAAGUCGUUUUGAGGUACGUCGGUGAGAGCUACUCGCAGGCUCAGGAGCGGAUGGAGGAUGAAAUGAGGGAAUUUUACGGGACGGACAAGCACAAGUCGACGCCGUGCUCCUCUCCGUUGUCGGGCCAACUUGUGGCCGUCAAAACCGAGGAGGAGGAAGUUCUGAGAGCUCAGGUGUGCGAGCUCAUGACGGAGAAGGUCAAGGUGCACUUUGUGGAUCACGGUUUCUCCGAAGUGGUUAGCAAAGCCAAACUUUUUGAGCUGCCCGAGAAGUUCUACAAACUCCCUUUCCAAGCCACCAAGAGCAAACUGGCAGGCCUGGAGCUCUUCCACCGGGAGCCCGCCGUGCUGAAGUCCUUCGAGGCCAUGGCGAGCGGCCGCAUCCUUUUGGCUGAAAUCCUGCAGAGAGGGCAGACGCCCUUGAUGGUGUUGUACGACACGUCGCAGGAUGACGACGUCAACAUCAACGCCGCCUGCAUGAAAGCCCUGCAGGACAAGAGCCUCAUCAGUCCCUUGCAGGUCAACAGCGCUUACAUGAACGUGAGCAUCACCAGCGUGUGCUCUGACGGGACCUUCUACUGUCAGCUGCCUUCCCGAGGACUCGCCAAACUCAAUCAGAUCCUCGACAACAUCGAGACGUACUUCCACUCGCAGGUAACGUCAGAGUUUUUGGUGUCCAGGCCGUUCUGCGGCAAAGGAUGCGUGGCUCGGUACAAAGGCAAAUGGUCCCGUGUCGAAAUCACAAAUCUACACGGCAGCAGAGUGUUGGACAUCGUCUUCCUUGACGUGGGAGUCCAGGCUUCCGUGGAAGUGUUUGAGCUCAGGGAGAUUCCACAGAAGUUCCUCCGUGACCUCAUGGCCAUCCCACCACAGGCUGUCAAAUGUUGCCUGGCAGACCUUUUGGUCAGCGUCGGAUCCUGGACUCCAGAUUCGGUCCAGUGGCUUCGGGAGAAAGUUCUCAACACCACCGACUGCAGCAUGAAGGUGGCCAAGGUGGACAAAAGCAAACAGUGCGUCUACGUUCACCUCUUCACUGACAAGAACUUCCACGACCCAGCUUGUAGUAUCAACCACCAGAUGGCCCGGUCUGACCUUUUCAAACAGCAACCCGAUGUCUACCUGACGAGCCACAGUCCCAUCAAGAUCUCGACACUCGCCGCACCCGGCAAGACAUCGAGCGGCGGUGACAUCACCAACGGCAGUCCGAAGUCUGCUUCGGUUGCGGGCAAACCUCAUCUCAGAAGGGUUCCGUCCGGACCCAAAGCAAGCGCCAGCAGCCCACCUGGGGCUCAGUCAGUCGCCUCCUCCUCUUUCCAGCUGCCACCCUUGCUCACGCUGCCCCCUGCAGGAAACAACAUGGACGUGUACAUAUCAGUGGCGUGCCAUCCAGGCCACUUUGUCCUCCAGCCCUGGAGGGAUAUGUACAAACUGGUGGUGCUGAUGGGGGAGAUGAUCCUGUUUUACAACCAAACCGACGAAAGGCCUCUCAACGUGCAGAAGAAUCACGUCUAUGCCGCGAAGGUGGAGAACAACUGGUAUCGCGUUUUGGUGAAAGGCAUUCUCAGCAACGGGCUGGUGUCCGUGUACGAGUUGGACUACGGGAAGCACGAGCUGGUCAGCUGCACGCAGCUCAGAGUUCUAAACAAGGAGUUCCGACAGCUGCCCUUCCAGGGAAUCACCGCUCAGCUGGCCGGAGUGAAGACCAGGCAGUGGUCCGAGGAGGCGUCCAUCGUCUUCAGGAACCACGUGGAGAAGAAGCCCCUCGUGGCCCAGCUGGAGGCGGCGCAGGAAGCGGCGAACCCCUGGGACAGGAAGCUCACCGUCUUCCUGGUGGACACGUCGCAGCAAGACUGCGACAUCUGGGUGCAUGACAUCAUGGCGGAGUUUGUUGACGAACUCCCCGACCAAUAAGGCGGUGGACAAGUCUUCGCCUCGCUAGUUUGCGCUGAAGAGUUUGUCCAUUUUCAAACCACUUCUGGGACUGAAAAGAAUGGAACUAGGAGACCAAGGGCAAAGUGGAGCAGAAUAUUGCCCCCUGCUGCCCAUAUUUGAAACUACAACUAGCACUCGAACUUACUGUGAUUUGCGUGACUGCAGUGCCACAGAAAUAGUGACCAACACUGCCUAGCUGCGCCGUUUAAGUUGACGUUCAAGUGGCAAUUAUUCGCAUCCUUUCCAGGUAGCAAGCACAUAUUUGACGUGAAUGAAUAUUUGUCACUUUGACAGUAAUGUGCCACAUUCCACUUGUUUUGAAAUGCUGUCGACUGGACACAACACUGAGCCACACUGGGAACUAAUUUAUUAUCGAACGGAAUCUUACACCGCUAUUUGCAAUUUAUUUAACAAGAUUGAAAGACUUGUGGAAUAAAGUCAACGUGAGAGGA